AUGUCAGACCCCAUCCACAUCAAAGACGACGGCUCGUCCAUCCUCACCAUCCAAUCGGUGGAGCACCAUCCCAAAGCCGGCAAGCAAUUCAUGAUUCGCGAGAAGCAAAAGCCGCACCGCAUCAUCACGCUAUCCUUCGGCGAUCUGGUGCUCAUGGAUGAGCAGCUUCCCGCACACGGAUGGCUCUGGAAGUGUGUCAAGCAAUUUGGCUGGUACGGCUUCCAAAACGUCGUCUCCGGCACGUACCUUGGACACAACGACAAGAAGAAAAUUCGAGCCACCAUGGGACAUCACCAGCCUUGGGAAUACUUUAUGACGGAGAGGCAUGAAGAUGGCGGCUACGUCCUCCUGACGAUUCAUGACAAGGAGCUGUGGCAGGUGGCCAUCUCCAAUGACGGGCAGUCGUUGGUCGAGAAGAAGGCAGAAGAAGGGGCGGGAACGGCUUGGGAUUUCGUCGAGAUUAUCUAG